AUGCCGACUUCAUUCCUGCAAGCCUGGACACUUGUUGCUGCUUUGCUAUCUAUCACGAAAGCUCAAGGCAUCAAUGGCAAUUACAGCGCAAUAAUUGAUGACAACAUCGAGGACUACGACAGAGACCUAUACCAAUACAUCAAACAAAAUCUUCCACUGCGAAAUGGCACAGAGUAUCCACUGAGGUACACUGGCUUCAAUUGGACUGAACCCGCGGAAGACAACGGAUUGUGGACAUUGAGAUGGAAUACAGCCGAUGCCUGGCUCCCUGGCAACCUCACCAAACCAGGACGCGAGAAAGCCGUGGUCACGAGCUACGCUCUGCAGUGGCAAGGUGAGGACAAGUACAACAAUCUGUCGGCCAAAAUCGCCAACGAUACCGAUGCGCUUCGGGAUGCGGCCAUUCGUCAAUCGCCGCCGAAUAUGUGUUUUGGAAUGAUGAGCUGGAGCUCGGAUUUUCCCGAGGAGGUGAAGAAGCGAAUGGAUGUUGAUGCCAGUAAUGGUUGCGAGAGUCUGUUUGGAGAAGAGUGUCUGAGGUCUCUGACAAGGGCAUAUACCAUCGCUUUUGAUGAUGAUGAUUGUGAUAUUGCGGUGGAUGAGCCGCGGAGCACGGGAUUGGCGGGGUGCGCGGAUACCUGGGACAAGUUGGGCGGGCUGACUUUCUUGAGUACUAGUAUUGCGAACGGAAGUCAGGCGUCGAAUACGAGUUACAAGAGUCCGGAGUGGGACGAUGUUAUUGCACAGCAGGUCCAGUUGCAUGCGGCCGAUGACAAUUCGACGUACGAGAAGGAAUUAGAGCGCACGCAGUUUGUGGUGUUGAAGGAGUCCGGAAAAGAUGCACAGUUGCUGUGCAAGAGGUUCGAGGGGUCUGCUUGGCGGGUCGCUGCUGGUCUCGGACCCGUGCUACUGACGAUCGGCGUCUUGACUGCGCAGUUGAUGGAGGUGUUGUAG